AUGGUGGUAAUCCACGUAAAACAUAAAGACGAGAGCCAGUUUCUAUUCGAAACCGCCCUGAACGUCACCGUGGAAGAGCUGGUUAACUCCGUCGUCGCCAUCUACAACGGCAUGUUGAAAAUAGACCGAAUCUGUUGCGAGAUGGAAGAGUUAGCCAAGCACGGAACCCUCUAUCCACCGGAAAUCCUGGGUCUGACGGAAGAACAGGUGGAGGAGAUGAAACUAUCCGAUCCCUGGGGCGAAAAGUGCAUACCCAGCGGUGGGUUUAGUCUUGAAAAGGACCCGAUAGGGAGGAGAAACGGCAAGCAGCCAAGGAAGGAGAUGCAGGAGGUGCUGAGAAACGCCGUUAGUGAAGCUAAGGAGAUGACCUCGAAAAAACUAGUACUACAAGGUAAAUACCUGACGAUGAAGACCAUCCAGGAGGCGAUCAACAUCCUCAAAGGCGCCGUGACCAUCGUCUACCCCAUGAAACUGCCCCCUCACGACACCAUCCGCAUGGAGUUCGAAAACAUCGAGGACUUGUCGGGCACCCAGGCCUCCCUGCAAGUCAUCGAUCCCGGCACCGCGCAGAUGUGGUUCUGCGGCAAGGAAAUGUACCGAGACCGAGGCCAGAAGGUGGGCGAAUACGUCGGUAAAAUAGAGAACUGCAAGGUGAUCAUGAAGAUCUCGAAGAGGGGGGACGGUCCGCCUGGUAGGGAGCCAAUCAUGAACGAGGAACAGAGGAAGCAUCUGAUGUUGCACGCGUACAGGAGGCAGGAGGAGCUGAAGAAAUUGGAAGCCGAUGACGAUGAUAACUAUCUCAACUCGGAAUGGGCCGACAGCCAGAAUCUGAAGAAGGCGUUUCACGGGUUGCAUAACAUCUCCUGGGGGCCGAAAUAA